AUGACGUUACCACCUGGAUAUGUCAAGGUUAAUAUCGAAGUUGCUAUUGUGCCAAAUGCUCAAUUGCCUAUAUCUGUUGAAGGUGGUGAUGUAUCGAUGGUCGGUCAGGCAAUAGGAACAAUUGUGCCAUGGCCAAUGAACCUUCUUGAAUUUGUUGCUGAACGUGAAAAGAAUCCUGAUCAAUCCCAAAACAAAGUUAAGAAUACCCAACGAAGUGUUGAUUCUGUUUGGUCACCUAACAAAAGCAACAUAAAAUUCAAAAUUGAAGAGUCUCCUAGAGUUGGCGGUUCAACCAAUCUUGUAAAUUUACCUUUCCUUGAUAUGUAUGUGAAAAAGAUGAUGAGGGUUGGAUCGUUAAUUCAAAUAAAAAUGGAGGAAAGUAUAUUUGGUGAGGAGUUUAUAGAGCAUCUACGUGUAGAGAGUAUAAAAGAGAUUCUUGAUCACAAUUGGUUAAGUGCCUCUGUUAUCACUGUAUUUUCCAGGUAUUUGUAUGACAAGUUUAUUAGUCCAAAUGGAUUAAUAAAUAAGUUCUCCUUCAUAUCCCCACAUGUAUCAAAGGAGGAUAAUCUAGGAAAUGCUAUAGCAAAAAUACUUCUGAAAGAUGAGGAGUAUUUCAAGGAUAAGAUGAUUCUUGCACCUUGCAAUCUAGGGAAACAUUGGGUACUACUUGUCAUCAAUCUCGAUGCUGAGGUGAUAUAUUACAUGGAUCCGUUGAAUGGUGAACCAACUAAACAUCAAAAUUUAAAAACCAAGUUUGAGAAGUAA